AUGAGUUUGUCGGUGGCCGCACAUGGAAUUUUGAAGACCCAUUUGACAUGGGAUGAAGUGGAGCACGAACUUCAGAAGGCAUUCAAUACCAAUGCUCAUUUUGGUCCCAAUAAGUCGGCUACAAGUGUUGGAGAUUUGAAGGGAUUCAUGUCGAAAAUUGCGCUGAUUGAUCCCGAUUGGCAAAACAAGAAAAGUGACGAAAAAUUGCCGGAAAAAUUCAUCGUCAAGAUUUGUUCCCAACUUCCACUAUUGGAAAUGAGAGAUCAUAUGAAAGUUGGAUCCGAAGAAGAAUUUGAACAGAAAAUUCAUGAGUUCAGCGGCAUCGUAAAAAUGUUCCAUAACCGCGAAGUUGAAUCGUACAGGCUUAUUGAUAAAUAUGGAAAAGGGAAAAUUGCAACGACAAAGAUUUAUGCGUCGAGAAAAUUUGAUGAAACGAAUCAACUCAAAGGAUUCAUUAUCUCCGAGUAUUUUCCUGAUAUUCAACAUAUUCCAACACACGACUCAAUUUCUUAUGAGGAUAUGAGACCGAUUGUGAAAGCGGUUGCUGAAUUUUCAGCUCUUGGUGAAUAUAUGCUGGAAAAUGAAUUGGAAUUCGCAAAGACGAGCAGUAUGGCUUCGGUUGUUGAGAAUUUUCUAGAUGACAAGAGUGUGGACAAUUUCAAUAGCUUGUUCAAGGAAAAAAUGCCGGCCGAGCAUGAGCCCAAAAUCGACGAAUACAUCAGCAUUAUCAAAGAAUUUUAUACGUCAUCGCAGUUUUUGAAAAAUUUCGAAAAAAUGCACGAGAUCAUCAAUCAUAAACCGGUUCUCAUUCACUGUGAUCUAUGGGCAUCGAAUCUUUUAUGCGCUAAAACCAAAGAGAAUCACGUCGAGCUGAAAGCUAUUAUUGACUUCCAGACGGUAUCCGUUGGAUCUCCAGGAAUGGACGUCGGGCGUCUCUUCACUUCAAGCUUGACUACUAAGGAUCGUAGAGAUCAUCUUGACGAUCUCCUUCAUCUCUACUACGAGACCUUUGUGAGCAAGUUAGAGGGAAAGAAGCCCCCAUAUACGUUCGAGCAGUUGAAAUCAUCUUACUUUCUCGCGUUUCCCAUUUUGGCAUUUCUAGUUAUUCCGACAAUGGGAACAUUUUUAGAUCAAACCAAUAUUGCGGAAGAUCUUCGGCAAAAGAUAAAUGAAUUGGCGAUUGAAAAAAUGAUAGGGCUAUUAGAUGAUGCGAUCGAAAUCCAUAAGAAGAAUUUUGCUGAAUUCCCAAUUUUUUAUCAAUAA